CAAUAAGCCAGCGUCAGUUUCAGUCAGUUUGUCGAAGUUGUGUUCAGAGGUGUAACCCAAUAUAAACCCAUACACACACAUAAAAAUGGCGGACAAUGAUGACCUUUUGGAUUAUGAAGAUGAAGAACAGACUGAACAAGUAGUUGAUGGAAGUGGUGAUAUACCUGCCAAGAAAGAAGUCAAAGGCACAUACGUAUCUAUCCAUAGUAGUGGGUUUAGGGAUUUUCUUCUCAAACCUGAAAUAUUACGUGCAAUCGUUGAUUGUGGUUUUGAACACCCCUCUGAAGUGCAACAUGAAUGUAUUCCUCAAGCAGUGCUUGGCAUGGACAUAUUGUGCCAAGCUAAGUCUGGAAUGGGAAAGACUGCAGUAUUUGUGUUGGCAACGUUGCAACAGUUAGAAUUAACCGAAAACCAAGUUUAUGUCCUUGUUAUGUGCCACACGAGAGAACUUGCUUUCCAAAUUAGCAAGGAAUAUGAAAGAUUUAGCAAAUACAUGCCUCACGUAAAGGUUGGAGUAUUUUUUGGAGGCUUGCCAAUUCAGAAAGAUGAAGAGGUUUUGAAGAACACGUGUCCUCAUAUUGUCGUGGGUACGCCCGGUCGUAUCCUCGCUUUAGUACGAAAUAAGAAAUUAAAUCUGAAGCACCUGAAACACUUUAUACUCGAUGAGUGUGAUAAAAUGCUUGAACUCCUAGACAUGCGUAGGGAUGUACAGGAAAUAUUUAGGAGCACACCACACGGCAAGCAAGUCAUGAUGUUCAGCGCUACGUUAUCGAAGGAGAUACGUCCCGUCUGCAAAAAAUUUAUGCAAGAUCCUAUGGAAGUCUAUGUGGAUGAUGAAGCUAAACUCACAUUGCACGGUCUGCAACAACAUUACGUGAAACUUAAGGAGAACGAAAAGAAUAAGAAGCUGUUUGAGUUACUUGAUGUUCUUGAAUUCAAUCAGGUUGUUAUCUUUGUAAAAUCUGUACAAAGGUGUAUGGCUUUGGCGCAACUUUUAACCGAACAAAACUUUCCCGCCAUUGGAAUCCACAGAGGCAUGACGCAAGAGGAACGGUUAUCCAGAUAUCAGCAAUUCAAAGACUUCCAAAAACGAAUUCUUGUAGCAACAAAUUUAUUUGGACGUGGCAUGGAUAUUGAACGUGUGAACAUAGUUUUCAAUUACGAUAUGCCAGAAGAUUCUGAUACGUAUCUACAUAGAGUGGCUAGAGCUGGCCGUUUCGGUACAAAGGGUCUUGCUAUUACGUUAGUAAGUGACGAAAGCGACGCUAAAAUAUUAAAUGACGUCCAAGAAAGAUUCGAUGUUAAUAUCACGGAAUUGCCAGAUGAAAUAGAUUUGGCUUCAUACAUCGAAGGACGAUAAACGAAAUUCCAUUUCGAAAGUAUAAGCUUUGAAACCCUCACUUAAGAUUAUGAAAAACACUGCAUUCAGUACACUUGUCAUUGUGUAUUCACGUUGAGCAUAAGUCAUAUUUUGUAUCUAUAUACAAUUAUCUUUUCAUUCAUCUGACAAACUUUAAGAACAAGUGACGCAAAAACGAAUUAUAAUAGC